CCGUUGUUGGAUAAGGCUCUUCGUCAUCCACACACAACAGAGCAGAAACCUAACUGAACCUCGGCUUGCCCGCCCCGCCUCGCACCCGAUGGACUCUCUGGCCUUCCUCCGCCCCACGCCUCUCGCUCCUGUCCAAAACCCCACCCGCUCUCUCCAGCCCCCACCGCUUUCCCCCUCUGGGUUCCGCCAUCCUCGGCCGCUCCGGCCCCCGGCGGCCCUCAAUAGCCCGCGAGGUUUCGGCACCUCGCCCCAAAUGGUCGGCAAGAACCCGAAGAGGAAGAAGCGACUGGGGAUUGACGAUAAAGAAGACGAUGAAGACGACGAAGGCGGUGGCGGCGGCGACGACGACGGCGACGGGACGAUCCCGGAGGUGGUGACGAACAGGAUGAUGCGGCGGAUGGGCGUCUCCAUCGGAAUCCCGCUGUCGCUGGGCCUCCUCUUCUUCCCCUUGUUCUACUACCUCAAGGUGGUGGCCAAGGUGGACGUGCCCUCCUGGGUCCCCGUCCUCGUCUCCUUCUUCUUCUUCGGGGCGUCCCUGCUGGGUGUCAGCUAUGGGAUCGUCUCCGCCAGCUGGGACCCGCUUCGGGAGGGAUCCUUCCUCGGCUGGAACGAGGCCCGCCGCAACUGGCCCGUCUUCUGGCAAUCGCUCCGGGGCGGCGGCAGCGGCGGAGCCAAUAAGAAGUAGUUACCGGGCCCCACCGACAACUACCUCUUGUCAUCAGUUCUGUUCGUCUUAAACCUCCUGUUACUUGCGUCGGUGGCCGUUUUCUUGUGUUGUAAUUACAUCAAGAAAUAAGAAUUGAGUCGUUGGCUGUGA